CCCUUCUCUUUCAAUGGAGGUCAUAGGGGCUAAUUAUAGCAAGAUCAAUAGCUACCAAAAUACAGCACUAAUUAAAACCACAUAUAAAACCCUCAUACUUGUAACCAUAACACUAAUCAUCCUCACAGUGCUACGUUUUUACUAUCCUACUCAUGAUAAAAUCAUUAAUAUUAGCAUUAAUGACAACCUUCAAAAAUGUAAUGUGUUUUCUGGCGAAUGGAUCCCUAAUCCGGAUGCUCCAUACUAUAAUAACUUGACAUGUUGGGCCAUCCAUGAACAUCAAAACUGUCAAAAAUAUGGACGACCCGAUUCGGAUUAUAUGAAGUGGAGAUGGAAACCCGAUGGGUGUGAUCUACCCGUUUUCAACCCGUACCAGUUUUUGGAGAUUGUGAGAGAUAAGUCUUUGGCUUUUGUGGGUGAUUCUAUUGGCAGAAAUCAAAUGCAAUCCUUGAUUUGCAUGUUAUCUAGAGUUGAAUACCCUAUCGAUAAAUCAACAACAAAAGACUACAACUUCAAACACUGGUAUUAUGUUUCUUACAACUUCACACUUGCUACGUAUUGGUCACCUUUUUUGGUACAAUCUGAAGAGGCUGAUUCUGUUGGUCCAACCCACAAUGGACUUUUUAACCUAUACUUAGACGAAUUUGACGAAAAAUGGACAACCCAAAUAGACGAUUUCAACUACUUGAUCAUUAACACGGGUCACUGGUUCUGGCGCCCCAUGGUGUAUUAUGUUAACCGUACGGUGGUUGGAUGCACGUUGUGUAUGUCAAAGAAUGUUACAGAUUAUCCUAUGACAUUUGGAUACAGAAAUGUAAUAAGGACCGCUUUUAAGGCAAUUAACGCUAGACAAAACUUUAGAGGAAUGACGCUUUUACGAACAUUUGCCCCCAAUCAUUUUGAGGGAGGAGAGUGGAAUACAGGGGGAAAUUGUUUGAGGAAGAAGCCAUUUAAGAGAAAUGAGAUAACUUUGAAGGGUUUGAAUUUAGAGUUGUAUAUGAUACAAAUGGAAGAAUUUAAAUGGGCAGAAAAGAUGAGAAAGAAUAAAGAUAUAAAGUUUAGGCUUUUAGAUACAACACAAGCUAUGUUACUUAGGCCAGAUGGGCAUCCAAGUAGAUAUGGACAUUUGCCUAAUGCGAAUGUUACUUUGUAUAAUGAUUGUGUGCAUUGGUGUUUACCUGGACCGAUCGAUACAUGGAGUGAUUUCUUGCUUCAUACCUUGAAGAUUGAGGGUCUGAAAUCUGCCAGAAAGAAAUCAUAUCCGAAAGGAUGAUCAAAUGAACCCCAUAUAUGUACAGCAAAUGAAUGAAAACCGAAAGUUUUGAUCAAGUUAGAGUUACUUAUAUUCAAAAUUUUCUUGUUUCCUCA